AUGACGACUUCCAAUAUUCUGUCACUUCCCUUCCGGAAGUCGGCUCAAAUAUCACUCGCUUCCUCGAUUCGCAAAUACAUCUCCAAGAAAUAUGAUCAGCACCCGGACAUGUUCCGCCAUGACCUCGAUACUAUCGACUCUCUUCGCCGGGCCGCUCUCAACUCGAUCGAUGCCCACCCCAGUGGCAUUAAAACGCUACAAACAUACGCGGGGCAGUUGGUGUGGAUGAGCGGGAAAUUUCCAAUAGACAUUGGCGUCGACUUCACCUGGUAUCCCGCCCUCGGUUACAAUACCGAACACCCCCUCGUCGCGAACAACCUCAAGUACGAACUGAUGAAUAUCCUGUAUAACCUCGCUGCCUUGUACUCCCAACUAGCCAUGUCGUCAAACCGGGGGAAUACCGACGGAUUAAAGACUGCAGCGAACUACUUCUCCCAAGCAGCGGGGGUCCUCAAGCAUAUGAAGACCGUAGUGUUACCCGAGCUGCGCAUGACAAACCCGCCAGAUGAUAUGGAUGAGGCGACACUCGAAUCGUUGGUACAACUAUUCUUAGCCGAAAGCCAAGAGUGUUUCUGGCAAAAGGCUGUCAUGGACGGGUAUAAGGACGCAUCGAUCGCCAAGUUGGCCGCCCGGGUGUCCGAUCUCUACAAUCUGGCCGGGGACGCUGCGAUGCAAAGCGAGGCUAUCAGCUCUGCCUGGAUCCACCACAUGAGUGCGAAACAUCACCAUUUCGCCGCCGCUGCCCAAUACCGUGCUGCCUGCGAUUGCCUCGAGAAGAGAAAGUACGGCGAGGAGGUCGCGCGCCUAAUUGACGCCGUUGCAUGCGUCACCGAAGGCCUAAAAGAAUGCAGAGGAGGGUACAUCAAUAAGGCCGUUGUAGAGGACCUUCAGGGUCUCAAAAAGCGAGUAGAAAGUAAUCUCGCCCGGGCCGAAAGGGACAACAAUGUCAUCUAUCUUCAGGUCGUCCCACCGAAGCCCGAGCUCAAGAUUCUCGAGCGCGCUAAUAUGGCAGUCGCUCGCACGCCCCCGCAAAUCGCCAACCCACACGAGUACCUGGGAGACCAAGCCGAGUUUGGCCCCGCACUCUUCACCAAGCUAGUUCCUUUCUCUGUUCACUUGGCUGUCUCCAUUUACGAAGAACGGCGGGACCGUCUAGUCAACAACAACAUUGUUACCGAGCUCGAAGCUAUGACUGACAAGCUUCACGGAAUUAUUUCCAGUCUGAAUCUCCCAGGUUCACUCCAGGCACUCGAGAAACCCAUGGGUCUUCCCGGCACACUUGUGCAGCAUGCCGAAGAGAUUCGACAAGCCGAUGCACUCAACCGUCUUCAACGCGGGUUAUCAGAUAUCGAAAAGCUUUGCGCCAGCGACAAGACGAUCUUUGACGAAGGCAAAGCGCUGUUGGCCGCUGAGGAAGAGGAGGACAACAAGUUCCGUUUGAUGCACGGGACGCAGCGUUGGUCUCGUCCUGCGUCUCGCGCUGAUCAGGCCCACGAUGGAGGAGCCAAGUUGUGGAAUCAAGCAUCCGAGAUUGAGGGAUACUUUACUUCCAGCACGUCCAGCGAUGAGGUUGUGCGUGAAAAGUUCGCCGCCGUCAAAGGCACCCUGGCCAUUCUCGCCGGUUCGGAUCGUGGAAUGCUGGAUUACAUCCCAAACAGCCGCAAAACCGAGAUUCCCGAUACUCUCAAACCAGCCAUAGGGAAGCUGAGAGGAGUUUACAACGAUGUCUUGCGCCUCGAAUCACGGAGGAGAAAACGGGUGGAAGCCCUACGAGACCGGAGCCGUGCGGACGAUAUCAAGGGAGACAUUCUCGCCGAAGCAGCCCGCUUAGAACGCAGUUACCCCAACACGCCUAUUGUACCCGCCCAUUUCGAGGAAUUCUUCGAUAAACGCUUGGACAGACUAUACGAGCCCGAGCUGGAGGUGGUCGAGAAGGAACUUGCGGACCAGGAGAAACUUGUGGCAGACCUACAGCGGGCCAACCGCGAGUUUGAGUCGCAGAAGAAGACCGCCGGUGAAAAAGGGAGCCGUGAUCGGGAGAAAGCGCUGCAGCGAUUGGACGAUGCGUACUACAAGUACAAAGAUAUCGUCAACAACGUCGAGGUGGGGAGGAAAUUCUACAACGAUCUUAGUCGAAUUGUGGAGAGUUUCCGAAACCAAUGCCGUGCCUUCACCAACGAAAGGCGAAAAGAGGCGGCUGCUUUAGAAGACGAUAUUUCGAUGCCUCCACUCUCCUCCUUGUCGCUCAACCAACCGCAUCCGCCGCCCCAUGCCCAAUCCUAUCCUACCCCUGAUCCUACGUCUUAUCGCACGAUAUCACACCAACUACCCCAACAACAGUACCAACAACCGCGACAACCCGUACGUGGGCCGCCGCCCGCCGAGGCACGGAUCCAAAGUUGGGCCGACAACGUCCAACAACAACAACCGCGGCCACUAGCCCCUGUAGGUUCGGCUGCAGCGAUGCAGGGGGCGUGGAAUCCAGAUAUGGGGAUAAGGUUCGCAGGUCCACCGUCCGCGGCUGCGGCAUCGGGAAGUCCUGCAGGUGGUCAGCAGGAUGGGACGGCAGGUUUGGGGAGGGGCGGUAAACCUCCGGGGCCGGGGACGUGGGAGCCAACGACGGGGAUACGAUUCGGAUAG